CAUCUGUUUCCCUCUCCUUUCACCGGGUCGGCGUUAGUCCCUUUCUUUGCGGCCUCUUUACACUUAAUCAUUCCCUUUGCACCGGAACAAAAAAGUCGCCCUCUCAUCUGCACCCCCCUUCUCGCAACCCAGCGCCACCCCAUCACCACCACGCUUGGACAACGCACCUGCGUCCUGCAUCUCACAGUCCGCCCACCAUGUCCCGCAUACAGCAAGACCAGUUCGUCGACGACGACGAGGAAGAGUGCUGUCCGCUAUGUGUCGAAGAGUUCGAUCUGUCGGACAAGAACUUCCGCCCGUGUCCUUGCGGCUAUCAGAUAUGUCAGUUCUGCUUCAACAAUAUCAGGACGACGAUGAACGGCCUGUGUCCCGCUUGUCGCCGCCCCUACGAUGAGUCGACGAUUGAGUUCAAGAACAUCACCCCCGAAGAGAUGGCCAAGCACAAACAGCAAAUAGCGCAAAAAGCCAAGAAGAACGCAGCGUUGCGGCAAAAGGAAGCACAGAAAGCGGAGGCCGACACGCUUAGCCGGAAACAUCUGGCAGGACUUCGAGUCGUUCAAAAGAACCUCGUCUACGUGACAGGGCUUACACCUACGAUACGAGAAGACCGCCUUCUAGAAACGCUCCGCGGCAAUGACUACUUCGGACAAUACGGCAAGAUCAUCAAGAUCGUCGUCAGCAAGGCGAAGGAGAAUGCACAGCAUCAACAGUCAGUGGGCGUGUACGUAACGUUUGCCCGCAAAGAGGAUGCAGCCGCAUGUAUUGCCGCUGUGGACGGGUCUCAGAAUGGAGACAGGACUCUUCGAGCCCAAUACGGUACCACUAAGUAUUGUUCAGCGUACCUUAGGGGAGAGCAGUGCAACAAUCGAAACUGCAUGUUCCUGCACGAGCCCGGCGAAGAAAAUGACAGUUUCACCCGUCAAGACCUCUCGUUGAUGAACUCGAUCUCGACUCAACAGCCCGCGCAGUCUAAUGCCCUACCGCUACAACGUGGACCGCCUGUAGCUGCUGCAGCACCCAUGGUCCGCCAGGAUAGUACUGAUACCCCGUCAAGCCCAGCGAACAGUGGCUGCGAUGCACCUGGCCUUCCUGCGACCGCUAACUGGGGGAGCAAGGCCGCGCUGGAACGCCGCGCAAGCCGCUCUACCACCACGUCGAACCCCAGCCCGAUGACCUCGAAUGCCGUACCUGUCCAGCCACCGAAACUAGUUAAGUCCGAGGAACCAGGGAAGAAGAAAGGUAAAGAGAAGGAGAAGUCUGCACCAGCCUCGAAAUCUUCAACUCCGCAACCUGUACCCACCCCUCGUGCUCCAAAACCCUGCAUUCCUGGUUUUGACGGACUGCUUAAAGCAAUAUCUCAUCCCGACUUUAAAUUCAUAUUUUCCGCUGCUGCUCUCUCCGCUGAGGAUCUGGAAGCUAUUUACAACUUCCCCUCACUUCUCGACCCCAACGGAGGAGCAAAGCGACGGGCCAUGAAAGAAAAGGAGAAGGAGAAGGAGCUAGAACUCCAGCGGGAGGCCGAAGCGCAAUCCGCGUCACAAGCGCCUCCUGCACCUGAUCGGGAGGACACGGCUGAGGCAACUGCCGGAGGCAGCUUACAACUUGGUGGAGAGCCAGAGGAGAGGCAUGAAAGUGGCCAUCCAAAUCAACAUGCCAUUGCACCCCCCGGACAACGUGGCUUGUUCGACCAGAACCCGCCUCUUGGGGAUGACUUCAACAAUCUCGGACUGAAUGGUCGUACCUUGACCGCUCAGCAGCAACAACAUCUGCUUCUCAACAGCUUCAAAUCGGCUGGGCCCCAAUCGGCUGGUCUCCUCUCGAACUUCCAAACGAACCAAGCUCAGCAACAGUCCCAUGGCCAGCCAGGGAAUGUCCCCAGUCACGGCCGUCAUACAUCGCGCUUCAGUUUCGCAAACGACAGCGCAUCUGCUUCGGCAUCUGUGCAGCCGGUUGCGAACCAAAAACUCAUGAAUCAGCAAUCCUCCAUGAUGCCGAAGGGUGCCAACCACUUCAAUAUUUCUCAACACCACCCAUUGGGUAGUCAAUUCUACACUAGCAGCGUACAAGGACCACCACCAGGUCUCAAGGCUGCCGGAACUCCACCGAUCAGUGGUGGUGGCAUGUUCGGUCAAGGGCAUGGCUUUGCCACCAGUGGCUUAGGCUACGGUGCUAAUGCUGCUGGCAGGAGUAACAAUGAUGCAAUGUAUCAGGACUUACUCAGGAACCGGAUGGACGGCGGUGCUCGAGGAGUCGCUGAUGGAAAGCGUGAGUCAAUGUUUCCUUCUUUUCUUAAUCAGCAUCCCACGACCUCUACGCCAGCCCCUGCCCCUGGCCUUUUGAGCUUUCCUUAUGGACCUUCGCCAGGUGCUUACCAGGAAUCUGGUUCGCAGAAAUCUAAGAAAAAGGGAAAGAAGCACAGACAUGCUAACACUUCCUCCUCUGGAGGGGGUGGCGUAGUAGAUGUUCAAGACCCAAGUAUCUUACAGGCGAGGUUGCAUCAAGGAGGGGCCAUGGGCGGGCAGGGGCUGUACGGUAACCAAGGUCAAGGUGGGUUCUCCUCCCUCUAUGCCAACAACAACUAUGGCGGCGGCGCCGGACGAUGGUAGUUUUGGACUUCUUCUUUCACAUAAUUUCUUCGACUAUAAGGUCGCAAACUGUGUUUUUACACUUGUUACUGUUUUUCACGAUGGCUGCAUGGCGUUUCCGGGGGCUUUCGAAAGCGAAUGCAUCGGCACACAGUCCAAGCAAAUUGGCUACUGAGACUGCCCGGCGUUUAUGAACUGGGUUGCCACUAUCACAUACACUUUGUCUUUGGCAUGGCUUACGGAACUUCAAAUACCUUGCUUUUGCCAGGUUCUACGCCGCCCUCUUUCGUCGUCUUCGUCAUGGCCAUCGUAUGUACGUAAAUCCCCUUCCAGCCGCCCCCAGCCGGCAUGCUUACGAUUUAAUUAGAAAGAUG